UCCUUUCUUGUUCAUGGUCAGAUGAGGAAGGGCAAUACAAAGGGAGACCAUUUAUAGAGCCCCAGAGGAGGGAGGUAGGUGACUCAGAUGUUCCCUUGGAGUUUGACUACAGAGACUUAGGUCCAGGAGAAGCCUGCCUCCUCCGUUGCACUCCCAAGUGCACAUUGUGAUGGAGACUCCGCUUGAGAAGGCCCUGACCACCAUGGUUACCACUUUUCACAAAUAUUCGGGGAGAGAGGGUAGCAAGCUGACCCUGAGUAGGAAGGAACUGAAAGAGUUGAUCAAGACAGAGCUGAGUCUUGCCGAGAAGAUGAAGGAGAGCAGCAUUGAUAACCUGAUGAAGAGCCUGGAUAAAAACAGUGACAAAGAGAUCGACUUCAAGGAGUACUCGGUGUUCCUGACCACGCUGUGCAUGGCCUACAAUGACUUCUUCCUGGAGGACAAGUGACCAGGAUCCUCUCCACCCUCACUGGCAGCUCCUUGCACUGACCUCUGCAGCUCCUCUUGUAGGCUCUCUUUGGCCCCCCUGCCCUUCUCUUCCUCCCAGAUGGAUCCUUCCAGAAGAUAAAAUAAAGAUGUUUCCAUUCCAA